GCCCCUUCCCCCGAGCUCCGACACAGCCGUCGCCCUGAGCCCGUCAUCCAUGCUCCCUUCCAUCCUUCUCCCCACCAGCACAACCACACCCCCUCUCCCCCCUCGCCGCCUCCCCAGACCCCGACACGUCCUCCCCGGCCGCAAUGACCGCUCCCCGACCGUGGUCCCCGCUAGCAAACCCAAGCUCGUCGGGGAGAAGAGCAAGGGGGGCGCAGAGGCUUGCCUACCUAGCUCGUCGGGGCCCUAUGGAGAUCCAGCACCACCGGGGCUGGGCAACUCCAAGGUUGUGAAGGUGCAGAGCGAGGAGGCGUGGGAUCUGUUCACCGAUCGAGCGAGCAAUGAAGGCUGGGCCAGGUAUCGGCGAUGCCCUCGGCGACAUCGAAAUCUACUCCGCGGCCACCGGCGAGCCCGUCCUGUUCAGAGACCUGUGGGACUAGGACGAGGGAGUGUCUGUUGUUGCGCUGCUAAGGCAUUUCGAGUGCCCAUGCUGGUGAGUGAGGACGCUUCUUUGUAGCUGGUAUAACAUGGUUGUUAUUUGACUGCCGCAGUCCUAUCAUCUCUUUGCUCUGCGCCCCGGCCGGGCCCUACCGUCCACAUCAUGCCCUGCCGUCCGAUCCUCCAGCUCGCUGUUUCUGAGCACAACCGCGUCGUAGGGGGGAAUGGAAAAUCUACACCGUCGCUGUCGGGGGUGGCGUCUUGGCGGUCGAGCAAGUGGGCGGCCCGCGCUAUGGGAUUCAGCGGCAGCGACAACGAAAGCAGUGGUAGACUGGUAGCGGUCUAGCCGUGCCGUGGGCGGCUGGCCGCUGGCCGCGUUUUUGCUUCCAAUGUGAGUGCGGAACUACGGAUCGGCAAUGAGCAUAUUUUACAAUCAACUUCUUCCUUUGAGCUAGCUGUCGGCUCUGAUUAUGCCUCCGUGUAGCUGGGAGUUGGCCUCUGUUCUGAAGGACACAAAGGAGAGAUUUGAUUCUGCGGGAGUAAAACUGAUUGUUGUUGGUGUUAGCACUCCAGUUAAAGCCCGUAUUCUUGCCGAGGAGCGUGUAUGUAUAUGUUCCAUUUGGUAACCUAGCUUUAAAUCUUUGGAGACACACAGACAGACUGAACCUGCUUUUAGGCUCUGAGUUUUGACCAAGUAACCCAUUGUUCUUGUUUACUGGUUUGCUAGACGACAAAUUUCUAACGGAAGGAGAGAUAGACAUGCCUAUCUGUUUUAGUUUGUUUUUGGGCAUUCUGCAAAGAACUCACAAACCUUAAUAAUUUACUCUAGAAUUCAUUUGAUGCAGUUGCCCUUUCCGUUGGAAUACCUCUAUGCUGAUCCCGAUCGGAAGUUUAGUAAAUGGAGAAGUAAUGUUGGCCGAUCCGCCCGUAGAUCCUCUCUCCCCAUUACCGCGAUUUAUUUGGUACUUCGGGCAGGAGGGUCCUGAUCGGCGACUCCGGCGUCGGCAAGUCCAACUUGCUCUCACGCUUCACGCGCAACGAGUUUAGCCUCGAGUCCAAGUCCACCAUCGGCGACGAGUUCGCCACCUGCUCUCUCCAGGUCGACGGCAAGUUCGUCAAUGCCCAGAUUUGGGACACCGCCGGCUAGGAACGGUACGUUUCGUUUCAGCUUGCUCCAGCUCGUCUCGCCUUUCAUCUCUCUCCGCCGUUGCCGCGGCAGCUGGCAGUAGAUCUGAUUUGCGUCUCGGUUCGGCUGCUGCUAGCGUGCGUAUCCUCAUUUUCACCAUUAAGAUUGGGUUCUCGCUUUGGAUCUCGCUGCCGAAUUGCGUUGCGUGCUGCUGUUGAUUACCAUUUGUAGGGUUUGGUGCAUUUUCAUUUCAGAAUCCGAUACUGGAACACGCGAAUCAGCAUGCAGGCAUCCUUUUGUUGACAAACUAGAGUUGUAGGAUGAUGAUGAUGAUAUGAUAUUCUUCUAUUGCACAAACGUUUUUUAUACUGCCCGGAGCUUGGUUUUCGAGUACGCAGCAGGUGGCGUGGACUGGAGAUGACUUGGUUUCUUUGCCUUGGCUCAUGCCGAACAUUUAGCCUAGGAGGAGCAGACCGGCCAUUUUCCUUUUCUCUUGUUUGCAUGCAGCAAGCCUGGCCAGUUCAGUUAAUUUAGUCGUCAAAACAGUAAAAUGCGCACAAUGCAAAUAUGGACUGGAGAUUAUCUGAAAAAAAAUGUGAGCUCUAUCCAAAUUAUGGAUUUCUUCAGUUUAAAUUGACCAGUGGAUUAGAAAACCUUUUCUUCCUAUCUUAAUUGCCAACAAUCAGUUUUUUUUGCAGUGUCAAGGUUCAUCUUCUUACCUUGAAACCGAGGUACUUCAUUCCUACUAGAUAAUUGUUGCUAAAAUAGGGUUACAUUAUUAACGUCUGGCUGUUUCGUCACGCAACUACCAACAUAUCUAUAUCUUCUCCGUGAUCUGCACAACAAAUUAGAUAAUUUGAAUCCUUCAAUCAAGCCUUUUCUUAGUACUUCUAAAGCAAAAUAUACUACUACUCAUUGCCAUAAGAGCACACAAGAUUUUCUUGACAAAAUCCAGCCACUAUUCUUAGUUUUAAGGAAGCAUCUGGAUGGAGCAGUUUCAAUGAUCAAAGAUGGUAACCUUCUAUUCCAUAAUUUUUGCUUCGUGUUACUUUUACAAUGUUUGAAUUAAUAAUUAGUGGGCUGAGUCGGUUUCUUAAUGGUCGGGGUUGUAUGUGCUGGGAGGGAUUACACCCCCUCCUUUGUGGAUCUUUUCUUCUUAGUGAAAUGACACAACUUUCCUGCAUUGCUUGAGAAAAACAAUGUCCGCAUUUCGUAUAAUCCUUCAUUGAAUGUCCUUGCUUUCGAUUGGUAACAUGAUAAGCUACUACUCUUCAGAAUUAGAGAGCUGUUUAGAUGACUGGAGUUCACAUUCAUCUUCUGCUGGCAACCCAAACAUACCAUAUGUGGUUGUCUCCAAGUCAUCAAUUGUGACUGCUGUAUGCAAAGAGAUUCUUGGCUGCUACAGGAAGUUACUUGGCAUUCCUGAUCUGUUGAAUCAACCAAACAUGUCAAUUCUGAAGCAACUUUUGCAGACUUUACAGCCAACUGAAAAUUUUGAUGAUGUUCUUUCUGAGUUCCAAUCAUCUCUUGGUCCUUGCAAUGUUGAUUACCUAUAUUGUGGAGAAUGUAAAAUGUUGGAGGAUAUUAUGGAUUCAGUGUCCUCAUUUUCAUACCUUUUGUCUUCUGAUGUGUUAAUUACUAUACAAUCAAUUGUAAAUUCUGUUGUUGUGUUGUUGGACAAAUCCGGGGAACCAAAUGGGAAAAAUAUACACAUGGGAUGCUCCAAAGCAAUCAUUUCCUUUCUGCGAAAGCGUCUUGGAUACUCAGCUCAUAAGCUGCUCAGUGCUGAUUUCCCUAGCGAAGAUGUUGGAAAAGGAUGGCAGAGUAAAGGUGAUCUUAUACAGAAGAUAUUGCAAAUAUACCUCAGGAAUAGUGACUCUACUUCAGAUCUACUUGCUGAGAUAGGUCGUGAAUUGCCUAAGGCACCCAACACACAAUUGUUUUUUUAGCAAGCGCGUAUGGAGGUGUGUGCCUGAUGACUGACGGUGUACGAGGGAACUUCUUCCGGCAGGCGUGGGGCGUGCUCUCCAACGAUGAGACCAUGGAAAUCGUGGCAUAUAUCGAAGUCGACAUGAUACUGAUGGUUGCAAUGUAGUGGUGAAACAACUAGAUUAAAAUAACAAAAUUUAUGUAUGACCAUGAUCACAAAUAGAUUAUGAAACAUUUUUUCAUAACAGUAUAACACACAUUUUGUAUAUAAGUUACCGUGGUAUUAUAUGUCCCCGUUGCAACGCACGGGCACUCACCUAGUAUCACAUAAAAUCAUAUCACUUCACCU